AUUGAUCUAAUCCUCAAAGUUUCCGCCUUUAAGAAUCCAUAUCUGUUGUGAUCUUUAGGUCAAAGCAACCCUUUUUUUGAAUCGUUUCCUUCGAUUUGAUCGCUCUGACAUAAACAAAACCUAAUCUUUAUGGAUCCGAUGAUCUAAAGUUUCAUGCUUUCUCACUAAUCAAAUCUCCAGGACGUUGAUUGUAAUCAUGGAGCGGUUAACAUCGCCUCCUCGUCUAAUGAUUGUCUCAGAUCUUGACGAAACAAUGGUUGAUCAUCAUAAAGAUCCAGAGAAUCUAUCUUUGUUGAGGUUUAAUUCAUUAUGGGAAGACGCUUAUCGACACGAUUCGCUUCUUGUUUUCUCAACAGGAAGAGCACAAACAAUGUACAAGAAACUGAGAAAAGAGAGACCUUUGUUAACCCCUGAUGUUAUUAUUACAUCUGUAGGAACUGAGAUUGCUUAUGGUAACUCCAUGGUUCUUGAUGAUAAUUGGGUUGAAAUCUUGAAUAACAAAUGGGACCGAGGAAUCGUCCAAGAAGAAACCAGCAAGUUCCCUGAGUUAACUCUUCAGGGUGAAACUGAACAGAGGCCACACAAGCUUAGUUUUAACAUUGACAAGAGUAAGGUUCAGGCAGUGACGAAAGAGCUAUCUCAGCGGUUGGAGAAACGUGGCGUUGAUAUCAAGAUAAUUUUCAGUGGAGGAAACGCUUUCGAUGUUUUACCACAAGGUGGAGGAAAGGGACAAGCUCUUGCUUAUCUGCUAAAGAAGCUCAAGACUGAAGGAAAACUCCCUGUUAAUACUCUUGCUUGUGGGGACUCUGGAAAUGAUACUGAACUAUUUACCAUUCCCAAUGUUUAUGGUGUCAUGGUAAGCAAUGCUCAAGAAGAGUUGUUGGAGUGGUAUGCUGAAAAUGCGAAAGACAAUCCAAACAUAAUCCACGCGAAUGAGAGGUGUGCGGGUGGGAUUAUACAAGCCAUUGGUCACUUUAAGCUUGGUCCAAACCUAUCUCCAAGAGAUGUUUCUGACUUCUUGGAGUGCAAGGCGGAUAAUGUGAACCCGGGUCAUGAGGUAGUGAAGUUUUUCUUGUUCUACGAGAGAUGGAGACGAGGUGAAGUUGAGAACUGUGAGACAUAUACAGCAAGCCUCAAAGCUUCAUGUCAUCCUGCUGGUGUCUUUGUUCAUCCAUCUGGUGCUGAAAAGUCUCUCAGAGACACCAUUGAUGAGCUUGGCAAGUACUAUGGAGACAUGAAAGGGAAGAAGUUUCGGGUUUGGACUGAUCAGGUCUUGGCAACAGACACAACUCCAGGGACUUGGAUAGUAAAGCUUGAUAAAUGGGAGCAGAUAGGGGAUGAGAGGAAAUGCUGCACAACAACGGUCAAAUUCACCUCAAAGGAAGGAGAAGGGUUUGUGUGGGAACAUGUGCAGCAAAUAUGGUCGGAGGAAACAGAGAUAAAGAAGGAUGAUAGCAACUGGAUCAUCUGAAUUCCAUUAAACCAUUACAAUUUACUUUUCUUUUUAUUCCUGAAAACCUAGAAAAACAAGUUAUUGAUGAAUCUUGCAGUCAAAUCUUCUUUAUAGACCCCAAGAGGAGAGACAUGUACCGAGAGCAUCAUCUCUCCAGGUUUUGGUAGCCUCCUGAGUCUCUGGUGUCAUUCCAAAUGAGAGUCUUUGCCCAUUUACCUGCAAAAUAUUUAAGUAUCAUUAUAGAGUCUCUUCUUGUAUAAAGAAAAUCUAAAUUCUUGC